AUGGAGGAGACCAUGGACUCUCUCUGGUUUUUCAGCAAUGUCUUCUUCUCUUCAAGAGCUACAAUUUUGGGUCCAAUUGAGCCUGUUGAAGAAUCUGUCAAGGAAGAGUGCUCCAAACCCAUGUCACCAAUUGCUCAAAAUCAGCAGAAAAAUUCCCCACCAGAGGCCCAAAUGUCAGUUCCAUUGUGCCCAAAAUGUGAAGAACCAGAAAGUUUGAAGCUUGAUAUGGAAGUGGUGGAAUAUUAUUAUUCUCCAAGUCCAAGGUCAACAGAGAAGGAAAAGAGUAGGAGGAGGAGGAGGAGGAGGAGCAAGAGAAGUGUGCAGCAGCAGAGACAUAGGAGAGAGAUUCUUGGAGAGCUUGAUGAGUUGGGUUUGGAUGAUCAUGUGAAGGAGGUGAUUUCUGGGUCCUGGUCGUCCUCUAAUUGGAUGGUUGAGGGAAAUUGUGGGUAUAAUCAAGAAUGUCAGAACAAUACAAUGCCUUCAAUCAGUGAUAAUAUGGCCAUGAAAGAGCAUCUCAAGUCAUGGGCUUAUGCUGUUGCAUGCACUGUCAGAUGA